AUGAAGGCUCAUGAUGAGCAUGGUCCUUAUCGUAAUACAGGUCCAAGCGAGCAAAGACUCAUCUCUAGACAUGUUCACCGGUUCUAUAACAACCUUCUGGUAGCUGGCAUAUAUAGUAUCCCUGUCACUGUUGCAGACUCACAGUUGUCCAAGCUUGAGACGUAUCUACCAGUACUGAAAGCAUGCUUGCUGCAGCACCCAUUUCUUUCUAUUGUUGUAAGGAGAAAUGCCAAAGGUCAGAGCGUCUAUGCUCGAGCUGAUGCCGUUGACCUUCGCGAUCACUUUCACGUCAUUGACGCUGAGCUGAGCGCGUCCAACACAGCCACUGAGGAUACGCUCAUCGGUCGUGUUAUUGAGCACCUUUGCAACGAUCCGGCACUCACCUUCUUCGACACGGCUGAGGUUCUACCACAUUGGCGCCUCGACGUAUUGCCCUUGCAGGAAUCUGCUCACCAAAAAAGAGUGUUUAUCUCGUUCACGUACGGGCAUACCAUAGGCGAUGGCAUGUCAGGAAUGGUCUUCCAGAAGACUUUUCUGGAAGCGUUUCAUCAGCUCGGUGCGCAGCCACCUGAAGACACGAAUCCCAUCUCCAACACGGCUCACGCUGAUCUGCCAGGACUACCACAUCUUCCGUUGACACUCUCCUAUCUUCUAGGACCAGCCCUUGGGCACUAUCUGCCACGUUUCGUCGCUGACUGGCUUGGCAUAAAGGCGAGUGUAAGCGGAUCUGACGAAGCUACUUGGUCAGGAAAGAAGACGUUUCUGAGUUCUGCCUCUUCCGAGGGAGUACCCGUCACGACAGCCGCCGAAGUCCUAUCAAUCAGUGACAACACGGUGACCGCAGUUCUCGAGACAUGCAGAAAGCACGACGCUAAACUUACAUCUCUUCUCCAUGAGAUUGUCGCUCAAUGCUUCAAUCGUCAUUUGUCGUCCCAGCUUGUUCUUGAUGCUAGUCAAAACAAUUUCGUGGCCUCAACACCAACCAAUCUCCGCAGGCUGGUCGAUGUUCCGGACGAGACGAUCGGCAUCUUCAGUUCUACUGCUUACUCGCGACAUGACAUUGAUCGUAGUCUGAAUCCAGAGAGCGAAGUCAAAAUUACCGAGCACAUGUGGUCCAAGUCUCGCGCUGACACUACUCAGCUGCACAGGUCUGUUUCGUUGCUUCGGAACCAGCCGAUUGCUCUUCUAAGUUGGAUAUCAGAUAUCGACGCUUGGAUGGCUAGCCAGCUCAACAAACCACGAGAUGUCAGCUGGGAAAUGAGCAACCUGUUGUCGUUUGGGAAUCGAAGUGCAUCUGGAGGAACACCCGCCAUAGUCGUGGAGAAGAUGUUCUUUGGUCAAUCUGCUGAAGCGGCUGGCUCACCUCUUUUCUUGAGUGUAGUGAGUGUCAAAGGUGGUGAUCUAGUCAUAUGUGCUAGCUGGCAACCAGGUGCUUUUGGCUUCAACACAACGGAGAACUCUACUAUAGAGAUAGUGGAGCGUAGGUUCGUACGGAGUGUUCUUGAUGAUCUGAAGAGGUAUAUGGAUGUUGCAGCAUCUCAGGAAUGA